CAACCACUAUCUGGGUGAUCUACAAUUAUUCAUCACAGUGGAGGUGGGUGGAGUCCAGCAGGGUUAAGAGGCAGAGGAUGUGAAUAUGUGACACAAAAUUUCGCGCCAAGAACAGAUCAGACAGGCCGUUGCUCCACGCCUCCCCGUGACUUCUUGCCGAUCAGCAUGGAUACGGCCUGCGGCAGCGACCCGCCGCAGUCGAAGAAGGUGUGCGUCAUCGGGGCCGGCAUGGCCGGGCUGGCCGCGGCGCGCGAGCUGCGCCGGGAGGGCCACGACGUGACGGUGCUGGAGCAGAGCGGCGACGUCGGCGGGCAGUGGCUGUACGAUCCGAGGACUGACGCCGCCGACCCGCUCGGCGUGGCGGCGCCGGUCAAGGUGCACAGCAGCAUGUACGCCUCGCUCCGGCUCAUCAGCCCCAGGCAGAGCACGGGCUUCACCGACUUCCCCUUCUGCCCCAAGAGCGGCCGCGACGACCGCCGCUUCCCGGGCCACCGCGAGGUGGACCUGUACCUCAAGGACUUCUGCGACGCGUUCGGGCUCAUGGACGCCGUGAGGCUCAACACCAGGGUCCUGCGCGCCGCCAUGACGCCGGCGCGUCGGUGGGCGGUGAGAUCCGUGGACCUCGGCGUCGGGGAGUGCGAUGGUGCCGACGAGAAGAAGUUGGACGCGUACGUGGACGAGGUGUUCGACGCCGUCGUCGUCGCCACCGGCCACUACUCGCAGCCAAGAUUGCCAAGCAUCAAAGGCAUGGAGACGUGGAGGGGGAGGCAGAUGCACAGCCACUCGUACAGGGUGCCGGAGCCGUUCCGCGGCGAGGUGGUGGUGGUGGUCGGGUGCGGGGAGAGCGGCAAAGACAUCGCCAUGGAGAUCCGCGGCGUGGCCAAGGAGGUGUACCUCGUCGCCGGGUCCAUGGAGGCGGUCACCCCAGGCCUGUCCAAGGUGCUGGCCAAGCACAGCGCCAACCUCCAUCUCCGACUUGAGGUGGAGCGUCUGUGCGAGGACGGGCGGGUGGCGUUCAAGGACGGCGGCGGCUCCAGCUCCAGCGUCGCCGCCGACACGGUCAUCUACUGCACGGGGUACAGCUACUCGUUCCCGUUCCUCGAGACGGGCGGGGCGGUGACCGUGGACGACAACCGCGUGGGCCCGCUGUUCGAGCACGUGUUCCCGCCGUCGCUGGCGCCGUCGCUCUCCUUCGUCGGCGUGCCGAGGAAGAUCUUCGCGCCCCGGUUCUUCGAGAUCCAGGCCCGGUGGGUGGCGCAGGUGCUGUCCGGCAGGCGGGCGCUCCCGGCGGAGGAGGAGAUGCGUCGGUCCGUGGAGGAGUUCUACCGCGCCAGGGACGCCGCCGGCGUGCCCCGCAAGUACACCCACGAGAUCGGCAGGCGGGAGCCCACGUACAUGGACGAUUUCGGGGAGAAGUACUGCGACUUCCCUCGCGUGGAGGGGUGGAGGCACGAGCUGCUGGGGUCGUUCGUGCGCGGCAUGAUGGAGAACCUCGAGACCUUCCGCGACGACUACCAGGACAGCGACUCCAUCCACAGGGCUAUGCAGGAGUGGCAUCUCUCUUGUGUGCAAAGCUCGCCACCUAGUUGCUGCAGCUACGCAGAGUCACAGGCAGCCGUCCCUGCCCAGCUCGUCUCCGUCAACCAGCACAAUGAUUAAAAAGGAAAACUAGGCAUAGGCGAAGUGGCUGGGAAUUUAUCGCCCUACGAUAAGUCCCGAACGUUUGAGAUUUGCGUCUUUUUUGUAAUUUACAUACGCAAGGGAUAGUAAGUUUAGUUGGUAAGCACGACAAUUCCAUCCUCAGUUUAUUUUUAUAUGGCAA